CGCGUGGCGAUUCAAUGCUGACCAAGUUGUUGCGAACGAACUUGACUUUGUGGACGGUGCCGGGAGAGAAUGUCACCAACCCGGGAGGGAAGGAGAACCUCAACCCCCUCGACGACCUCUCCUCUUCCCUCCAUCCCUGGGGAACUAGGAUUCCCACUCUUGAGUACGGAGCCAAGGAUUAUGAGCAGUACGGAGAGAUCUGUCCUUCCGAGGGCCCAAGCGGUGGAGAAUGGGCUUGCUAAGCUUUAUUUUCCUUGAGUGGUCCAAAUUUCCUACACAAAGGAUACACGCAUUUUAGAUGGUUUCCUAUCCUGCAAAGCAUGUUGCUGUCUUGGCACCAAGAAUUCGACCUGAUAUUUAUAAACAGUCUUGUAUUCC